AUGAAUUUUACUAUAUUAGCUUCUUUACUUUGGAUAAUUAUGAACUGUUAAGCCUAAUAAAUUGCUUAGACUGUAGAAAUGUAUGAUAAUGAAAAGCUGUUGAAUGUAUAAAUAAUUUUGCCAUAAUAAUUUGACUUCUAACUUUCUUAUUAUAACAACAAAGUAAUCAAUUAUGUAUGAUUUAGACUCAUUCUUUUGAAAUUGUAAAUUGUUCGAAUUUAUAGAAAUGUGAAUGUGAAAGUACUAAAUUUAGGAAUUUUUAUUGUUUCUAAGAUAAUGAGGAAUAUCAUUUUUAUUUUUAAAAAUUACCCUAUAUAGAUGGAGAUAGAAUAUUAGGAAAGGAAGAAAUGAGUAAAUAUUAGAAUGGAUAGGAGAUGAAUAGAAAUUCUCAUUUUAGGAUUUUAGAUUUAGAGUAAUAUUUGGAGAAAUCUGUAGCUGCUUAAAGUGUAACUUACUCUGAUAUUGACUUAACAAGUUCAUUAUAAUUGGGUAGUAAUGAAUUAUAUAUGAAAUGGGAAAUAUAUACAAAUGGUUCAUUUGAGAUGGCUAUAGAUUAUAAUAAAUUGAAUUGGAUAGGAUUUGGAUUUUGUCCAACAGUAAGAAUUUAUAAAAUAUAUUAGAUGUCAAAUUGCGACAUGAUAGUAUUAUAUGUGUAAUAGAAUGCAGUAAUAGUAAUGGAUACAUAUUCUUAUGGUUAAUCGACACCUAGGACAGAUAAAUCAAAUGAUAUAGAUAUAGUAUCAUAUGCAGUGAAUUAAACAGGAUAUAAGGUUAGAUUCAAUAGAAAAUUGGAUACAGGAGAUACAGCAGAUUAAGUGUUAGUUAAAGGUAAUAAAUAUACAUUUUGUAUGGCUUGGUCAGGAGCUGAUUAAAUGGAAAUGCAUAGUGAAUGGUACAACUUUGAUAUUACAUUUGAUAAUGGAAUAGUAGGUUAAGCAUAACUUUCAUCUGGAGAUGGCAUUUUAUAUUAUGUUCAUGCAAUAGUAUUAUUCAUAGCAUGGGGUAUUGUUGCAGAUUUUGGUAUAAUAAUAGGAAGAUUUUUUAAAUCAAUAAAUAGUUAUUUAUGGAUUCAUGCAAUCUGUUUUAUAUUUGUUGAUCUUUCAACACUUGUACUAGUGAUUUUAAUGCUAUUUGUAGGCGGAAGUGAAGGAAGUACAACUGAAGAUGGUGCAUUAGAAGCUCAUAAAAUAAUAGCUAUAGUUCUUGGUAUUACUGUUGUUAUUUAACAUGUUUUGGGAGUUAUUGUUAAACAUUUACUUGAAGCUACUGAAAAACAAAAUAGAUAAAUACUAUUUACUAUUAGAAUUAUACAUGUGAUAUUAGGAACAAUUAUGUAUUUAGCAGCUAAAGUAGAUAUUAUAUUAGGAUUUGUCAAAAAUGAAGAAAAAAUAUUAUUAGCUUUAGGAAUUAUUUGGACAGUUCUAUUAAUUCUUAUUAGAAUUGGAUUAGAAAUUUACAAAUCUUUUAAUUCUUCAAUAAGAAACAAGAUUGCUCCCUAAAAAAUAUAACCAUUAAAUGAAACUUAAACUAAAUUACUCAAAUUAUUAUAAGGUAAUCAUCAAACCUCUGAUAUUCUAAAAGAAUUACCUAAUAUUAAAUGGGUAUUGCUAAAUCAAGAUGUAUAUGAUCUUACUGAUUAUUAACAUCCUGGUGGUAAUUUUAUUAUUUCUAAUGUAAAUGGUUAAGAAAUCAGUCGAUAUUUUUAUGGUGCUUUUGCUCUUGAAUCUACUACUAUGGAACCAUAUACUCAUAGUUAAUUUGCCUAUUAAACACUCUAAAAAAGAUAUAUUGGAACAUUAUAAAAUGUUAAUACUAAUAAUUCUAAUCCUUCAUCUUAUUGGGAUCUUAUUGAAAAAGUUGAUCUAUCUUCUAAUAUUGCUUUAUUUUAAUUUGCUAACUCUAAUUUUUCAAUUAAUCUUCGUCAAAAUAUUCAAGAUCUAGGUCAACAUUUUAGUAUCACUCUCUAAGAAAUUGGAGGUAAAGUAAGAUUAUAUACUAAAGUAUUAUGUAUGUCAACUCCAUAUUCAAAUUUUAGAAAUUAAAUUAUUAACUACAUUGAAAAUAAAUCUAAUUAACUACCAGCAUUAUAAUUCGAUAAAAUUAAUACUCUUCCUUUAAUUAUUAAAAAAUAUAAUUUUCCUAAUGCAUUAUCAGCAUAAAUCUUUUAACAUUAAGGUAACUUUUGGAUUUAAGGCCCAUUUGGAAGAGGUUUAGAAUUAUAAUCAAAUUCUAAAUGCGUUGCCUUUGUUGGUGGAACUGGAUUAUUACCAUUCCUAGAUUUAUUAGAUCAUUUAUUAAUUAAAUCCAUUUAUCUAACCAAUAAAGAAAAAUAAUCAUAAAUUUAAUCAUUCUUUCCAUAAUUUGAUCAAUUAGAUGAAUCAUUUGAAUUUACUCUACUUGCUUCCUUCUAAAAUGAAGAUGAAUUUAUUGGUAAAGAAUGGAUUAGAAAACUUUAUUCAAUUAGUAAAACUAAUAAUUUAAAACUUUUUGAUAUGUAAAUCCGAUAUUCAGAUUCAAAAUUAGAUACAAUCAUUCCUGCUUUUAGAGGCAGAUUCUCUGAAGAUUUUGUUAAAUAACAUUUAGGAGAUUAUAAUAAAAAAGUUUAUAUUUGUGGACCUCCUAAUAUGAUCUAUUCUCUUACUCAAAUUAUCUCAAAAACAGAAUAAGAUUAAACUAAAGUUAUGAUUGUUUGA